AUGGACUUCUCUCAGUACCAGGGACCUGUUGCGGAGUGGGAGGAAUUCGUGCGCUCGACCGGAUUUGCCCAGCCGCCAGCAGCCACGAUUAAACCGCAAGAGCUCCGCACGGUGACGAAUUCGGUGCGUGUUGCCGGGGCGCAGAAAAUAUUGAAAGAGACACCAGGCCUCCUGGAAACGGUCACUUGGCGGGACUACUCCAUUUUGACAAGGGACUUCCAAAACAUCACUGCCCGGGUUUACAAACCAAGAAAGCCCGACGCCGAAUCAACGCUGCUACCGGUCCAGCUGUAUUUUCAUGGAGGAGGGUAUCUUUUUGGCACCGUUGAGACGGAAGACGCGAGCCGCGCGCGAUUAGUGGCUUCGUAUCCGAGCCCUGGCUGCAUUGUGGUCAGUGUAAACUACAGGCAUACACCCGAGUAUUCGUGGCCAACCCAGUUCAACGAUGCAUGGGACUCGUUUGAGUGGCUGACAGCCCACAUCUCUGAUAUCGGCGGAGACCCUUCUCAACUCAUUGUGAGUGGGAUCUCCGCAGGCGCCGGACUCGCAGCAGCGGUUGUGACCAAACACAAUGAACUGGCGCAGGCUGACCGGUUGAACGGACUCCUUCUUAUCAAAGGCCAAAUUCUGUGCUGUCCAUGGUUGCUUCAUCCAUCCACAAAUCCGUUUCCUAAAACCGAAUUCUCGUCGUUCACGCAGAACCAGCUCGCGCCUGUCCUCCCCUGGUCGUCUCUGAAACGAUUUGCGGAUCUUCUCGGGCCCGCUGCAGUCAAUGAUGCAUACUUCAACACGGCCCUCAAUGAGUCGGAAAAGCUUAAGGGAAUGCCCAAGACUUGCUUCCUGGUAGCGGGGCAGGACCUCCUGAGAGACGAAGGGCUCACUUAUGCCGAGAAACUGAAGGAAAAUGGGGUCCCGACCAAGGUACAUAUAUUUCCCGGCUUGCCCCACGGAUUUCGGAUAUUUGCAGAUCUACCAUCAGGACAGCGGUGGGACACUGUACUCGAGGAAAACAUGCAGUGGUGCCUCUCUCAGGAUACCUCGUCUUCAAGCCAUGUCGAAAUCCACUAG